AUGGACAAAGAUGAUGAAUACCUUACCGAUGUCACUUUUGACGAGUACAUCCCUAAAUCAGAAUUUGUUCAUCUUUCUAGAUUGUCGUUUUGCAGGGUUUGUUGUUUUUCUUCGAUCAAAAUCUUUAUGCGCGAAAGUUUGACAUCAAUUAAAUAUUCACAUAUAAAUUUGUUUCAGGAUAACAAGUUGGUGAAAUGGGACCUUUCACUGCGGCCAAAUAGUGUUGCGUGCGUCUUAUAUCAUAGAGGGAAGAAUGCUCUGUUAUUUGUCAAGCAGUUCCGUCCAGCUAUUUUUGUUGCGAAAGUUCGAAGCCUUCCGGAAAACAUUGGAAGAGCAGGUGCCGAAAUAGACUGGUCCAAAUAUUCGAUAAAAACUGCCUUUACAAUAGAGUUAUGUGCUGGUCUUAUCGACAAACCUAAUUUGAGCGACGUAGGACAUAUGCGUGAAGAGAUUGAGGAAGAAUGCGGGUACAGAUUAUUGGACCUUUACAGUACUGGAAUCGGGCUGUCCGGAGCAAUCCAAAUGCUCUAUUACGCAGAAAUUGAUGAAACAAUGAAAGUUGGUGAAGGAGGUGGUGUGGACAACGAAAAAAUUGAGAAGGUUAGCGUGCUGCCUAAUCAAAAGCAACAUUUACAAUCAUUUUAA